UUUACUAAGUGUACUUUACUUUGAUCUGGUGUCUUAUUUCGAUUUAUUUUUUCUGCGCUUAAAUCUAUUAUGAUAACAGAAAGUGAUUUUUAGUUUUUCAAGGACAUGGAAAUUGGAAUAAAACCAAUUCCGUUCGCUUUAAACAGCAUUCGACUGGCAGCCGCCAAGGAAGUCAAUCUGCAUGGGGAGUGGGGGGAUUGGGGACAGAUUUACUGAGCUAGGUUUUGGUUACCGCCAUCGUGUGGCGGUAUAUUCUCCAGCGAACACCAGCAGCAUCCAUCAGCUGCACCUGCAUUGGUCCUGCAAGCCUGAAAUACCAAAAUUUUUCGAACUUUUUUGUGUUCUAAACCGUUUUCGUUUCUGGAAGUCGCUAUUUGGUUUGUCUUCUAUGGAUAGGUGACAGUUCAGGCAUAUGUUUGACUAAUUUAAAGGGUUUUCCAUACAAGGAACACGUUAAAAGGGACUUUUUUGCAAUGCUAUAAGAAGGCAGGUUGAAAAAUGGUGAAAAAACUCGGUUUUGAUCGCGUGUUGUUUCGCCGUUUUUGCCGCAUCUUGAGGAUUCUGUUUCCUCGAUUUUUCUGCCGAACGGCCUUAUUAUUUUAUGUUUUAUUACUCCUUGGUAUAUUAGGCGAAGUUAUCGGGUACCAAGUUGGAAUCGUGCCCAGCCGGUUUUAUUCCGUCUUAGGGAAAAAAGACAAGGAUGGUUUCUAUUGGACAUUUUUGGAAGCAUCAUUGUACAUCCUUGGAAGCGCUAUUGUACUGAGCUCCAAGCAGUAUGUCGCUUCCGUCAUGUAUAUUUGCUGGCGCAAACUGUUGACGAAGAAACUGCAGCGAAUGUACUUCAACGACAAGUCGUAUUAUACGUUGAAUGUGCUGGAUAAAACAAUUGACAAUCCAGAUCAGCGAAUCACUCAGGAUGUCAACAAGAUGUGCGAUACACUCAGUACAAUUAUCGCCACCGUUAUCAUCGCUCCAUUCCGCAUCGGAUACUACUCGUACAAAUCCUUCAUAACAACAACGUAUAUCGGACCUCUCAGCAUAUUUGGUUAUUUUAUUAUUGGUACAAUUGCAUCCAAAUUACUAAUGUCGCCAGUCAUCAAUUUCGUCGCAAAGCAGGAACGCAAAGAAGGGGAUUUCCGAUUUAAACACAUGCAGAUUCGAGCGAAUGCUGAAUCGCUGGCGUUUUACGACAGCGGAAAUUUCGAAGAAAAUCGGCUCAACCUUAGGCUGCAUACGUUGCUGGCUGUACAGCUUCUGCUGACCAACCUGCGUUUGGCACUGAAUUUUUUCUUGAAUUUUUACAACUAUUUCGGUGGAAUUCUUUGCCAUUUAAUUAUCAGCAUUCCGAUUUUUGCCGGAUACUACGACUAUCUGUCCGCGGCGGAUUUGGCUGCAUUGAUUAGCGCCAAUGCAUUCGUCAGCAUUUAUUUGAUCAGUAGCUUCACGGUCCUCGUGGAUCUUUCCACGUCCAUCACUGACAUUGGUGGCACGGCACAUCGUAUCGGUCAGCUGUUAGAGAACCUGUCCAUACCUCGAGAAUUCAGAGAUGACUUGACAUCCGUGCAGUCUGACGGGGAGAGUGCAUUGCAAGAUAUUCCUGAUGAAUCGACUCUCUUCCGGUUACAUAAUGUGGAGAUUUCUCCACCAAAUACCACCAAUGAAUUGCUCGUUGCCGGUCUGACGAUGAGCGUGCGUGAGAAGGAAACCAUCCUGAUCAGUGGGCCGAGUAGCUGUGGGAAAAGCUCACUGUUGCGAGUGUUGGCUGAAUUGUGGCCGAUUAGAUCCGGAAGGAUAGACCGUCAAUUAUCGCCACCCGUUCAUCCAACGGAUGUGUUGUUCCUUCCGCAAAAACCGUACUUUACGGACGGAAGUCUGUGGCAGCAGGUUGCUUUUCCGUUGGGUGUUGCGGAAGAGAUUGAGCCGGAAGAAUCGGUCAAGGUCAGCGAGUGUCUGCGGCAAGCUGGGGCUGAAAGGCUUCUGGAGCGUGUGAAGAGCGUGGAUGAGAUGGUGGACUGGAACUGGUACGAUGUGCUCAGUCCCGGAGAAAUGCAGCGCCUUGCUUUUGCGCGCGUGUUCUAUCAUCGACCACGUAUGGCAUUUUUGGACGAAGCUACUAGUGCCGUCAGCAUGGACGUGGAAGAAGAACUUUAUGCUACCUGUGCGCAGUUGGGAAUAACUUACGUAAGCGUCGGCCAUCGGAUUACCCUCAGGAAUUAUCAUGAUGCACUGCUGGAACUUGACGGCAGGGGUGGGUUUUCUUUCAAGAAGUCUACACGGGAACCGGAUCAAUAGCCCUCGGUUUUGACAGCAAAUAACCUUUCUGUGAUUCGAAAGCAUUUAGGUGGAAAGUGGAUACACUGAUGGUUGCUCAGUUGAUUGUGAUUGGAGAUUAAAUUUUAAUAUUUAAUUUUUAUUAACCGGUAUGCCGGUAUACUCUUUGAAUCCUGCUUCUCUUUGUGAGAUUAAUGUGGAUUUCCAGAAAAUAAAAGUAUUUAUGCGA